CCUACGCAUUUAGGAGCUGCAAGGAGCUGGGAAGGACUGGAUAAUUCCUCCCUUUUCCCGAAGGAAUCACCGCCCUGAUUCCCAGAUCGGCCGCGAUGGGGAAGAUCCCCCUGAGCUACUGGAUCCUGGCCGUCUCCGUGGUCACCUGGAGCGCCGGAGCCCUGGCCAAGAAGCCCAAACCCCGGCCCGGAGGAGGCUGGAACACCGGUGGCAGCCGCUACCCGGGCCAGCCGGCCAACCCCGGGGGUUGGGGUCACCCCCAGGGUGGGGGGGCCGGCUGGGGUCACCCCCAAGGUGGGGGGGCCGGCUGGGGUCACCCCCAGGGCGGGGGGGCCGGCUGGGGUCACCCCCAGGGCGGCGGCUAUAAUAAAUACAAGCCGGACAAGCCCAAGACCAGCAUGAAGCACGUGGCCGGGGCCGCAGCGGCCGGGGCGGUGGUGGGCGGCCUGGGGGGCUACAUGCUCGGCAGCGCUAUGAGCCGGCCCCCCAUGCACUUCGGCAACGACUACGAGGAUCGCUACUACCGGGAGAACCAGUACCGCUACCCCAACCAGGUCUACUACCGGCCCGUCGACCAGUACGGCAGCCAGGACGGCUUCGUCCGCGACUGCGUGAACAUCACCGUCACCCAGCACACCGUCACCACCACCGAGGGGAAGAACUUCAACGAGACCGACGUCAAGAUCAUGACCCGCGUCGUGGAGCAGAUGUGCGUCAACCAGUACCAGGCCGAGUACCGGGCCCGCUCCGGCGUGACGCUCCUGUCCUCCCCGUCGGCCAUCGGCCUCCUCUCCUUCCUGCUCUUCCUGGUGGUGGGCUAGGGCCGGAAAGGCCGGGGGCGGGGGGUCUCCCGGACCUUCCCGCGGAGAGGGAAGACUCCUCGGCGGCCCUUUCCCGUUCUCCUCUCCAUCGCCUCUAGGUUAAGCGCUUAGUACGGUGCUCCGAGCAUGGUGAACGCCCCCCCCCCCCUUCUCGCUUCAAGCCACGUCCGCUCGGCCCCUGUAACGGGGAGACCUCCCCUCACGCGGCCCCCGUUUGCUCCUCGGGUGGAGUUUCGAGGAGAACGUUGACCGAUUAUUGGGGGAAAAAAAAAAAGGAUCCGUCAGUAGGUCGGCCGUAUUUAUUGAGCGCUUACCGUGAGCGGGGCACUGUACUAAGCGCGUGGGAGAAUCCCAGAAAACAACGUAACAGGCUCUACAGUCCCUCUAGGCCGCUGGGUCGUUGUGGACAGAGAACGUGUCUGUUUGCUGUUGUCUUGUGCUCUCCCGAGCGCUCAGCGCGGUGCUUUGCACCCGGUAAGCGCCCAGUAAAUACGAUGGAAUGAAUGGGGAAACUGGCUCCCGCCUCGGUAUGGCGGAUUUGGCCGAACUGCUCUUGGAACGGCCCCGGCCCUAAUUAGGGGGUCUUACGGGGAUGAAGCGGGAGGCGGGGAAUGGUUUCCGUUUCCUCCGGCCCGUGAUUUCCGAGCAGGCCGGUCCAUCGUAGGGGAUCCCGGCCCCUUCGCCUUUCAGAACCACCUGCCCCGUGCUUAGGGGUGUUUCUGCCCAGCCCGGAGGGAGCCUGUGGGACCCCCACAUUGACC